AGAAAGCAUUGCGCCUUUCUCAAAAACGGAAGAAAACAAACUAAACGUAAACUGGGAGCUUUUCUCAGGCAUGACUGAAGAGCAAACAGCCUAACAUGGACUGCUGCACAGCUGACCUGCCCGCUAACGUGGCUCGCGACUCUCCAGCUUCAGAUGACUCUUCGGAUGACGAGCCUUUGAUGAAAAACAAAAUAUCUGCACCGACUCAGAAACCAGAGAAAAAAGACGAGUCGUCACUCAAAUCUAACGGCACAAACAACAAUAAAGCAGAUGUGAAUAAAGACGACAGCUCUGAUGAUGAGCCGCUCAUAAAAACUGCCAAGACGUCCUCCGAAGCUGCACCGAAAAAUUCAGAUGAUUCAAAAAAGGAAGGUGACGUCAGCUCAGACGAUGAGCCGCUCAUAAAAACUGCCAAGACGUCCUCCGAAGCUGCACCGAAAAAUUCAGAUGAUUCAAAAAAGGAAGAUGUGAAUAAAGACAACAGCUCUGACGAUGAGCCGCUCAUAAAAACCACCAAGACGUCCUCAGAAGCUGCACCAAAUUCUGACGAUUCAAAAAAGGAAGUUUCAGAUUUGAAUAAAGGCAACAGCUCUGAUGAUGAGCCGCUCAUAAAAACUGCCAAAACGUCCUCCGAAGCUGCAAAGAAAAAAUCUGUGGAUUCAAAGAAGAACGAUGUGAAUACAGACGACAGCUCCGACAACAAACCGCUUAUAAAAGUUGCCAAAACGUCCUCAAAAGCUGCAAAGAAAAAAUCAGUUGAGCCAAAGGAGAAAGAUGACGUUCAAAGCUCGGACGAUGAGCCAUUAAGCGAACUCAGCAAGAAACUUAGCUCCAAACGUCAGGGAAAAUCAUCAUCGAGAGAUGCAACCCCAACGCCACUGAUCAAAUCCAAGAGGAGCGCGGCAAAGAAAACGGUGAAAUAUGCAGAGUCUUCCAGUGACAGCUUAGAUGAUGAACCGCUGGAAACGGUGAAGAGGAAGCCGACAAAAUCUCCUAAAGAGCAAAAGACUUCAGCAAACAGCAAGAAAACAAAACUUAAAGACAAAUCGCUCAAAGAUGACAGCAGCUCCUGCUCGGAUGAUGACGUACCUCUCUCAAAGCUCGUAACGAAGCAGCACAGCGAGGAGAAACACAGCUCCGACAGUAAAUCUAAGAAAGACAAUAGUGAUGACUCUUCGGAUGACGAGCCUUUGAUAAGAAAGAUCUCUGCAGCCGCUAAGAAACCAGAGAAAGAAAACAACACGUCGCUCAAAUCUCACAGCACAAACAACACAAAAGCAGAUUUGAAUGCAGACGACAGCUCUGACUAUGAGCCGCACAUAAAAACUGCCAAAAAGUCGCCCAAAGCUGCAAAGAAAAAAUCAGUUAAUUCAAAGAAGAAAGAUUUGAAUACAGACGACAGCUCCGACAAUCAGCCGCUCAUAAAAAUCCCCAAAAAGUCCCCGAAAGCUGCAAAGAGAAAAUCUGUCAAUUCAAAGAAGAAAGAUUUGAACACAGACGACAGCUCUGACUAUGAGCCGCUCAUGAAAACUGCUAAAAAGUCCCCCAGAGCUGCAAAGAGAAAAUCUGUUAAAUCAAAGAAGAAUUUUAAUUCAGACGACAGCUCUGAUGAUGAGCCGCUCAUAAAAACUGCUAAAAAGUCUCCCAGAGCUGCAAAGAGAAAAUCUGUUAAUUCAAAAAAGAAAGACUCACCUGAUAAUGAUGAUAAUAGCUCGGAUGAUGAGCCUUUGAGCGAAGUUAGCAAGAAACUUAACGCCAAAAAAUCACCAUCGAAAAAUGCAACGCCACUGAUCAAAUCCAAAAGGAGCGCGGCAAGGAAAACGGUGAAAUAUGCCGAGUCUUCCAGUGACAGCUCGGAUGAUGAACCGCUGGAAACGGUGAAGAGGAAGCCGACAAAAGCUUCUGCAAACGCCAAGAAAACGAAACCUAAAGACAAAGCACUAAAAGACAGCAGCUCCGAUGACGAUGAUGUGCCCCUGGUGAGCCUCAUCGCCAAAAAGAAGCAACCAGUGAAGAAAAACACAAAGACGACUUCAUCGAAAGGCAGAGCAUCAAGAAAGAGACGAGAGUCGUCAGACAACAGCUCAGACGACGAACCUUUCAUCAGUCGACACCCGGAAGUGACCAAACUCCUGAGAAUAAUACUAAAGAGGUGUGAUGGUGAAGAAGCUGCGGACAUGGGAACAGGAGGCCCGGACAAAACCAGUGCAGAAACAAUGAUCGAAGAAAAGACCACAAAGGAUGAUUCGGGAAGCUCAGAGGAAUCACCAGAAACACAGAUUAAAGAAAACACUAUGAAGGAUGAGCCGGGACGCUCAGAGGAAUCACCAGAAAUUAUCGACGAAAAGACCACAAAGGACGAGUCAGGGAGCUCAAAGGAAUCACCAGAAACACAGAUUGACGAAAAGACCACAAAGGACGAGUCUGGGAGCUCAGAGGAAUCACCAGAAGAAGAAUAAGCAGACGAAACGGCGUUUGGCGUUUUAUUAACUUGCACCUCCUGGGCGGGAAGUUCAAACCACCAAGUGGCUACAAAGUUCGAAGGACUUCCUAAAGCGUUGUAAUCUCUUGAAAAGAUAACUCAAAAAAAACCAAAUCACAAUUAGUGUUCAUGUAAAGUUAAACAGUGCAUUUUGUAUGCAGUUCACAUGUGUUGGUUUAUGGUGUUGAUAUUUUUACUCCUGUUUUUAAGUUUGGGAUCAAAUUUUGUAGGUUCUUAAAUGUUGUUUUACUAUUUGUGCCCAUUAUUUUCAUUGGCUGUCUCUGGUUUUAUUUUAAUUUUUUUAUAAGAGAAUAAUUUUACGCUCAUUAAUGUAAGUUACAUUUCGCCUUCAUGUUAACUGUACACUCGGCAUGCAGUAUUGAAAUGUGUUGGAUUAAACUGCUUUCACUAAGAAAUUUA